UUGUUUUGUGACGCCUCCCUGACUGGCUGGGGCGCAGUGGUGGGGAAUGCCAGGACUGCUGGUCACUGGGCUCAUGAUGAACUGGAUCACAUCAACUGUUUAGAAUUAAAAGCUAUUCUCAUGGGUCUACAGUCUCUUUGCAAGGAUAAUUGGGGUACUCAUAUUCGCCUCCGUUCUGACAGUGUCACUGCACUUACCUGUUUAGAUCGUUGUGGCAGUACUAAACUUUACCUUCAUGUGAUAGUGGAACAAAUUUUUGAAUGGGCUCUGUCAAGGGGUAUUACUUUGUCAACACAGCAUAUACAGGGCCUACAUAAUACAGAGGCAGACAAACUAUCCCGAUUGAAAAACAUGGAUGCGGAAUGGAUGUUACUGCCUCAUAUUUUCCAAAGCAUUUCUCAACUCUAUUACACACCUGAUGUUGACCUGUUUGCCACUCGCAUAAAUACACAAUUACCUGCUUAUGUUUCCUGGAAGCCAGAUCCCUGUGCCAUUCAUGUUAAUGCCUUCACGAUGACUUGGUCAAAUAAGAACUUCUAUGCUUUCCCACCUUUCAGUAUUAUAUCAAGGGUCCUCCAAAAGCUCCAGGAAGACGAAGCUACAGUGAUGGUGAUUCUUCCUCUAUGGCCGACUCAAGUAUGGUUCCCGACAGCCCUCCGCUUGCUAACGGCACCUCCUGUGCUUCUCCCCCGUCUUCCUCUCGUGCUGCCACAAAAUCCAACUCUCACACAUCCUCGGUCUCAAGUGUUGAUCUUGACAGCGAUGGUAUUAUCAGGGAAUCGUACCAAAGUCGCGGCCUUUCGCCGGAAGUUGCCGGAUUUCUGCUGCACUCCUGGAGGGAGAGCACGAGAGUACAGUAUGGGUCGCAUAUUAAGAAAUGGUUGUCAUUUUGCUUCGGCAGGAAAAUUGAUCUCUUUCAGCCAUCUUCAGCUGACCUUUUAGAUUUCCUCCUUUCCGAAUUUAGGAGGGGUGCAGGUAGGACUUACAGCUCCAUCAACACGUUACGGUCGGCCAUCUCGGCAGUGGCAAGUAUCAAUGGCCAGCCGGCAGGACAACAUCCCUUAGCUACAGGGUUUAUGAAAGCAGUCUUUCAGGUGAGACCGUCCUUACCCCGCUACGGUACGACCUGGGAUCCUCACUUGAUCUUGGAUCACAUCAUAGGUCUUGGGCCCGAUAAAGAUUUGUCCUUGAUUCAGUUAUCAAGGAAGCUAACAAUCCUUAUGUUGCUCCUCUCUGGUCAACGCGGUCAGACUUUACAUAUGUUAGACAUUAGGAACAUGACUGUUUCGGACAGUCGGGUCUCUUUUAGGAUUGGUGAUCCGCUAAAAACUUCUCGGCCAGGUACACACUUGUCAGAAUUGGUUUUCGUAGCCUAUCCCCCAGACAGGAGGUUAUGUGUUGUCACCUCAACGAUGAGCUAUCUAGAACGCACAAACAACAUGCGGGGUUCGCUCACGGGUUUCUUUCUCACAACAAGACCUCCAGUCAAACUGGCUUCACGGGACACAUUACGUCGCUGGACGAAAGAUGUCAUGCGAGCUGCUGGCAUUAAUCUUGGCAUUUUUUCACCUCAUUCUACCAGGUCGGCGUCAGCCAGUAAGGCGGCCCUGCGGCUCCCUUUGUCGACAAUUAUCUCUACUAUUGGCUGGACCAGAGAAUCUACAUUCACGAAGUACUACAGGAAGCCCAUAAUUGAUGCUGGACUGACGUGGAGCUGGUGAAGCGGGCAUCUCGUUUACUACCUCAGUGACGCAGUUAAAUGUUCGUGAAAUUACGAUCAAACAUCAUACUUGGUAAGUAUUCGUUUAAUC